CUCCCAUGUGCCGCAGACCUUCUGGCGAGGCGCCCUCGUUUUUCAGACCAUGCCACAAGCAAGCGCGGCUGAAGACUUGCCACUCGGCAGCUUUGCCCCGCUGGAGCCUGGCUUAGGCUUUGAUGAAGCUGACUCAACAAUGUUUGAUCUUGUUCACGAUUUUCAGACUUUCAACGGCGAUCACAACGAACACUUCCUCGCUGCUGAAUGGAAUAUACUCGACUUGCUACCAACAUCUGCUCCAGAGUAUCGGCCCCAAAAUAGCGGCUCUGGUCGGCCCAAUUCUGAAUCUGGUUUGAGCUCAGGCCUGGAUCCCAUUGGCAUACCUUAUCCCACAAGCCAUUUCGACACUUUCCGAACUUCUCAACCGUCACUGGAAUCGGCGCCUGCUGAAAGCCGAACAAGGCAUUAUUCGAUAGAUGCUCCGGCGGCCUUGGUGAGUAGCUUGGUGGACAUUUACUUCGAAAGAGUACAGCCAUACUUGCCAUUGCUGCAUCGUCCUAGGUUCUAUCAGCAGUAUGUUUCAGGACAAGGAUAUAAUGACAUGAACGCAGCAUCUGCGUUCCUAUUAUAUUCGACAAUGUCAUUCUCGGCUCGCUACUCGUUAGAUCCAUACUUCGAAAGCCAGCCGGAAAAGGAACGAGGCGCACCCUACGCUCUCAUGGCACAAUGCGUACUUGAUGAAGCCCAUGAAUAUGCAGAGUCUCAAAUGUUCACACUAGAGUGGCUUCAAGGAUGUAUCUUGUUUGCAUACUAUCACCUUACCUGCAACCCAAAGCAAGACACGGAGCUCCUGGCUGACAAAUGCUUCCAAAUUGCGUACAGAUUGGGAUUGCAUGAACUGGACAUGGGAACCGAUGAAAAUACGUCGGGCCAUGGUCAAAGUCAGUCAGCUGAACUCCUCCCAGAAGAGGUCUGGGUCACCAAAGAGGAACAACGCCGGGCCUGGUGGUUAGUCUGGGAGCUUGAUACGUUUCUCUCCGCUACUCUAUGUUAUCCUUCUACUAUCGACCGUUCAAGAAUUCACGUGUUGCUCCCGGUCUCAGAUGAAGCAUGGUUUACCGGAGUGCCUGCCCCAUCUGCUCCAAUACACCCGGAUAUCUCGGUCUGCUGGAAGAACUUGGUGAAUUUAGAAAACAGAAAUGAACGGGCGUGGUUCUUGGUCAGCACUCAUAUCACGACACACGUCUAUGAACUUGGGCAACGAGCGAAAAUCCGUCGAAACGACAUCGAAGUCCUCGAAAGAGCCCGCUCAUCUUUUUCCGCCGUGUUUCAGAAUGAGUUUGGCGACAGCAUCAAGGACCCGGUUUUCGACGACUCUAAUUAUGCCCGAAAGAAUUGGCUGCUAUUGAGCCAAUUGAUGCUAGAAUCGACUGGGCUGGUCAUCUCUCUACUGAAAGAGCCAAACUCUUCUGAACAGCUGUUUACCAACUCUGUUUGCGAUGUCGCGCGAGUAGCAAAUGUCAACGCGAUGACAGAUGCCAUGGAGCUUGCCAGAAUGGACGGUCACAGUACAUGUAUAGCUGGUGUUCAACAGGCGCUUCAAUCCUGGUCAUCGGCUUCUGAAUUCAUCCCGUAUUUUUCCCCAUUAACGGUCUCUAUGCUUAUCGGGCCGGCGUUCAUGCACGUACGCCUGGCAUGCUAUUCGAAUGGGUCUACGAGCUCAAGACGAACACUCAAUUCGCAAGGGAGAAUUCUGGAGCUCAUUCUAGCCGAGUUCGCGCGAUAUUGGGAGAUUGGAGAUAUCAUAUUCCGAGCAUUCCGUGCAUCUCUCGAGGGCUGAGACGCUUUUAUAUCUCAUUGGCAUAGUCCUCUAUGAAGUCAACCUUCAACGUGUACAAGCGACCUUUCUGCAGAGCGCUCCUUCCUCUUGACGCAACCCGCUCAAUGUCUUGUCUUACAUCAAAAUACAUCCCUCUCAACUCUUUUGCUUGACCAGUGGCCAGAUAAGCACAAGUCAUUCCGCACAGACUUGGUUCAGUCUUCAGAUAUUUGUGAAACUCUUUCAUCAUCUGUGCGGCUGCGGGGUAUCGCUCGGCGACGUCGGCUGGAAAUGAUGCUGAUGAAGAUAGUAAGCCUCCUUUCAAUUCCCAAUGACGGGCUCCCGCAUCUUACGACGCAGAGGGAGAGAGGGAGAGGAGAUGGGAAGGGAGGGAGAGAGAGAGUGUGUGUGUGUGUAUGUGUCUCUACUUACAUGAUCCUAGCACACUUGGAACGCCUCCAGGGUGUAUAGAGAACAUCUGGAUUGUCUCUCCAAGACCAUCCAUUUCCAACUCUUCUUGGAUGGAUGCUGUAGCACGUAUGAUGGCAGUCUUACUAUCCGUAUAGCCCAGUGCGAGCGGACAGUCCAGGGUUCCGGCCCGAGAAGAUAUGUUUAUGAUGGUCCCGGACCUGCGUUCACGCAUGCCUGGCAGCACUGCAAAGAUGGUGUUCAUUACCUACCCAUGACAGUCAGCUGUAU